AUGUAUGUUGAUGUAAUUUCUGAUGCUAGUAGAUUCGCACCGGGUGAUUAUAUUUUGAUUAAUGUACCUUGUAUUGCGCUAUAUGAAUUUCAUCCAUUCACAAUUAGUACAGCUCCUGAAGAACAAAAUUAUCUUCGAGUACAUAUUCAAGCCAAAGGUAAUUGGACACAACUGCUUUAUAAAUAUUUCAAAGAUAUGUCCGAUAAAUUUGGCGAUAAUGCAUCCGUAAAAAUAUAUCGAGCGGAUUUGAAUGCGAUAAAAGCAAAUGUCGAAGAAAGAAUUGAAGCUAUUGCAUCUACAGAAGAUUCGACAGGUGUUUUCAGUAUAAAUACCACGACGUCGUCACAAUCAGAAUCAUCGAAACAGUCUAGCAAAACAGUGAUUGUCAUCAAUGGACCCUAUUCAUCAUGUGCUCGAUACAUCUUCGAUUGUAAACAUGUAGUUCUUAUCGGUAGUGGUAUAGGAAUCACUCCAUAUGCAUCGAUUCUUUUCAGUCUUAUGGCCAGAUUUCGAACGUUGCGUACAGUUUGCAAAGACUGUCAAGGAGUCACUUAUCAUGGGAAACAUCGCUUGGAGAAUCAUCAUCUACAAAAGGUUGAUUUUAUUUGGGUAACUAAUGAUAUAAAAAGUUGGGAAUGGUUCCUCAAUCUUCUUCAUCAAUUUGAAGUUGAACAAGAUGAAUAUCUGGCAUCGAAUAGGGAUGAACGUCGCUUUCUAGAUAUUCAUCUAUAUUUUACAGGUAAAUCACAAGGUUGCUUUGCAUCUAAUACAACGGUACGCCUAGCUAAUGGAGACUUGAAACAAAUGAGCGAUCUUCAUGUAGGUGAUUUAGUAUUUGUCAAAAAAGAAAAUGAAAUCAUAACUAGUCCGGUCUUAGCUAUUUUUCGGCAUUAUCGAAGUUCAAUUCACUUUGUCGACAUUUAUACAACGAAUUCUAUUAUUCCUCUUCGUUUGACACCACUACAUUCAUUAUUAGUUCUUUCGAAACAUGAUAAACAUGAACGUUACAUAUUUGCAAAAGAUGUCUCGGUUGGUAAUCAUGUUUUCUCAUCGGAUUUACGUCCAUUGGCAGUCGUCAAUGUAAAAGAAACUUUAAUAUCUGAUGACAGUGGCUAUGCUAUUUUGACAUUUGAAGGUAACAUAAUUGCUAAUGAUAUUGUAGCUUCGUGUUACGCAACUUACGAUCAUUCAACAAUGCAUAUGAUUACUACGCCUAUGCGAUGGUGGUUUCUUAUUCUUUUCCAAUUACGCCAAUUGAUCGCAUUCGAUUAUUUGCAACAUUUAACAAGCAAUAUUAUUGUUUCUUUCGUUGAUUUCUAUCUUCAAUCAAUUUAUUAA